AUGUCGCAGCCCCUCAGCGGGCACCCCUCAUGGGACCAGCUUGACAGCAACCCGAAUCCGUUGUCCGACCCGAACUCAAACCGCGGGCCACUGUCAAAUCCCCUCCUCCCAAGCAAUGGCCGUGUCAAUCACGGCCAAUACAACUACUCUAACAUGGCUGGAUUCAACCACACCCCCACUCCCAUGGCGCAACCUGAAGCGCAAGACCAACAUGUUGAUACUCGACUGAUGGACGUGGCGGAUCAGGGCAAUGGAGGCCUGGGCUUUCCGCAAGGCCCAAACCCUCCCGCCGCCAAUCGCCAUCCCCGUUGCGGAGCCAACUGCGGCCCACUCGACGCCGGACCCCUCGCAGGGCUAUAG